UACCUUAACAUACCGUCUAUUGCAAGUGAAAUCCGAGCUAUUCGCUGCAGGACCACUGAGGGUGAUAUAAGUGGCAUUUGGAAUGCAAUCUUGAACUGGGUGUUCGACCCGGUUAAUGGCUAUAUCACGCGCCCCCAGGCGAUGCAUAGAGCCCCCCGUGGAAGAAAAGGGUUUUCGGAUUUUCAUACCUUCCAGUACAUCGGCACAAAUCGCCAGUAUUUUCUGAUCACGGAGUGGAAGAAACCGACGCCAGGGGACGCAAUCUGGGAGGAGGGCCGCCGGCAGCUCGGUCGGUACCUUUCAAUGCAGCAUGGCACUCGGCCGGCGAAUGCAAGACCCAGAGUCUAUGGUAUUCUGGCAGUGGGGCAGUAUGUGCGUUUUUUCAUCUACAGUGAUAACAGAAAAAUGUAA